AUAGAGCAACACUACGUUCAGUGAAGGAGCAGACCCUGAGCUGAGGAGAUGCGACUCGGACACUUAUCAGUGUCUGAUCUGCACAAAAAAGGGGAGCUAUGCAAAGCUUGUGUCUCAUCUGCAGGGACACCAAAGGUCAAUGGUGGAGUACGGUGGAAAGGGCCCAACAAGCCCAACAGAAGCGACGCGAGGCAUGUUGUCUGUUAACCAGUGUAAUCACAGAGGAUCAGGGCAUGCUGCAACACCUUAAAGCAACAGUACACGCCCUCGGAGCUGUUCACUCCAUCUCCCUGGACAAAGCCAAGGAGAUGUACAUGCGUGGCACAGAGUUUGACUCAAGUGAGAUAACCCAGCUUGGGGAACAGCUUCAGAGCCACAGUUCCUCAAAAGCGAGGCAGAAACUGGAUAGCUUCCUGAGCAAUUACAAGAAAGCCUUGGAGUGUGAGGAAUUCCUCAGGCGCCUGUAAUCCCUGGGUAGUGAAUGUGUCUGCUGGAUAGUCUGUUGUGUAUAAAAUAAAGAAAAUAUAUCAUU